ACGAAGAAGAUGGAGAAGAAGGAGCGCCGUCCUUCGUGUUUUGUCGGGUUUUUGUCCGCGGAGCCGCAGCGGGAGAGUUAAUGAAGCUGUAAGGUGGAAACAGCAGUUGGUGAACUCUGGGAAGAAGAGAAACGGUUUGAGGCUCCGCUGGAACCGCUCAGUAACUGUUAAAGGAAAGUUUGGAGAGAGAAAAGCUAGCAGAGAUGUGGAGACAGCAGGUCCAACAGCGACUGGACGCAGCGGAGCAGCAGGACUUGGAUUAUAAUCCGCUGGACCGGCUCCACAGAUUAGUGUUCCCUGAAGACGUUCAGAAGCUGCUGGUUAAAGAAGAACAGAGUCCAGACCCGGAGGAACCGGGCCCGGAGGAACCGGGCCCGGAGGAACCGGACCCGGAGGAACCGGACCCGGACCCGCUGCCCGUCCACAUAAAGGAGGAAGAGGAGGAGCGCCGGAUCGGUGCGGAGGAAGACCACCUGGAUGACGCCACCAGGUUUCCAGUCAUCAAAGUCAUCGUUAAGAGUGAGGACGAGGAAGACGAUGUUCUGUCGUCACGGCUUCACCAGCUGCAGCACGGAGACGUUCCCAGCAGCAGCAGCUCAGCGGAGCAGAUGAAGGCAGAGGCGGAUGAAGAGGAUGGUGGAGCAGCUGAUGAAGGCAGGAUUCAUGCCGACUCCUCCAUUUCUUCAGAGACUGAGGUCAGCGAUGAAGAGGAUGACGCUGUGGCGCAUCCUGACUCCCAGCCGAACCUCCCGUCACACGUUGCUUCUGAAACCACAGACAUGAGCAAAGAGUGGAAGGAGAGCGGCGCUCCAGAGUCCCGGAGUGGAAGCGCCGUCACAGUGAAGUGUUUCAUCUGUGGUGACUGUGGAAAAACCUUUAAAAAGAAACAUUACCUGAACGAGCACAUCAGGAGCCACACGGGGGAGAGACCGUUCGGCUGUCCCGUCUGCGGACAGAGGUUCAGCCUGAAGAAAUGUCUGAACGUUCACGUGAGGAACCACUCUGGGGAGAAACCGUUCUGCUGUGAUGUCUGCGGACAGAGGUUCAGCCUGAAGAGGACGCUGAACGAUCACCAGAGAAUCCACACGGGGGAGAAACCGUUCAGUUGUGAUGUUUGUGGGCAGAGCUUCAGCCUGAAGAAGACUUUAAAUGACCACCAGAGGAUCCACACGGGGCAGAAACCGUUUAGCUGCGACGUCUGCGGGCAGACCUUCAGCCUGAAGACCACUUUAAACAGACACAUCCAGAUCCACACCGGACAGAAAGCCUUUCGCUGUGACCUCUGUGGACAAAGGUUCAGACAGAAAUCCACUUUGAACCGACACAUGACGAUUCACACAGGACAGGAAACGUAUCCCUGUGAGGUCUGUGAGCAGAAAUUUGAGCGAAAGACGCAUCUAAACAUUCACAUGAGAGUCCAUGCAGGGCAGCAGGCGUUCUGCUGCGACGUCUGCGGACAGAGGUUUGACCGCAAGUCCAACCUGAACAUCCACCAGAGGAUCCACACCGGACAGAAACCGUACUGCUGCGGCUUCUGUGGCCAAAGGUUUGGCAGGAAGUCAAACCUGAACCGACACAUGAGGAUCCACACAGGAGAGAAAUCCUUCUGCUGUGAGUUCUGUGAACAAAGGUUCAGCCUGAAGACGAGUUUAAACGACCACCUGAGGAUCCACACGGGAGAGAAACCUUUCUUCUGUGACGUCUGUGGCCAGAGAUUCCGACAGAAGUCGACUUUAAAUAUUCACAUGAAGAUCCACACCAGGCAGAAGUAAAGCUCUGCUGGUGGGGAAUCACCCGGCUGACAGCCAGAGGUUCUCCUGGCGAGGGAACGGUCCGUCCUCCAGGUCCGUCCUCCAGGUCCGUCCUCCAGGUCCGUCCUCCAGGUCCGGCCUCCAGGUCCGUCCUCCAGGUCCGUCCUCCAGGUCCGUCCUCCAGGUCCGGCCUCCUGCGGGUUCCUGUUCCCUCCCUGGAUUCUCACAGCUGAAUCAAGUGAUGGUUCAUCAGCAGAGCCUCACUCCAGUCCUACAACUCGAUUCUUUACCAUCCAGCUGCAGAGGAACAUUUCAUAUUCUCAUGUUACCGUCCAGCUGUUGAGCCAACGUGAAGAAGUUCCCACAGAGUUUGUGGGAACUUCAUGUCCUUUUAUUUCAACAUGUUCAUUUCUAAAACCCUCUGGAGUCUCAACCGUCAGGUUUUUCUGCAGAACUAAAAGCUCAAACUAUGAAUGUGAUGAUGUGUGUUGGAAGGUUUGUAUCUUUGCUCUUGAAUGAAUCUCUGGUGCAUGAAACGGUUUUGCCAAAGUCUUAGUUUAGGAAAACUAAAAGAAUAUAUGAGAAACCAUGUAAAGGAAAACUAAUUAUUAUUAUUCUGUUUUCUGAGUCCGAUGGUAAAGGAGCUGAAAUAUUCUGAGUGAAUAAAUCUGUUCUGUAAAGGAGUUCUGGGUUUUGACUUUGGAAACGAUCAAAUAAAGUUUGAUCCAGUUGAGAAGGAGCCAUAAUUACCAGCAGAACCAUCAUGGCAGCAGGAAGGUCCAGAGACCAAGUCCUCCAAGUAUUUACAGGUCCAAAUAUUCGGGGCCCCCGGGGGCCUUUAACCUCUGGUUGAUUGUCUUUGUUGCUGGUAGAAACUGGUCUGUUUUCAGUCCCUGCUUCUGCAUUGCCCUGGUAACGAGCUGCACCUGCUCAGGUAAGAGCGAGUGAUGAACGAGUGAUGAGGGAGUGAUGAACGAGUGAUGAGGGAGUGAUGAACGAGUGAUGAACGAGUGAUGAACGAGUGAUGAGGGAGUGAUGAGGGAGUGAUGAACGAGUGAAGAGGGAGUGAUGAA